AUGGAGGAGGAUGAUGUGGCCAUCGAGGACAUGAAGUCGGGGCUGCAGGGACCGGACGAGGGAGGACGGACGGGACACAAUACCGGUGGAUGGAAGAGUUCGUUGAUUUUCGAUGUUCUGAGGCCACCCCCACUUCCAGAAUUGAAGGCCUUUGCCGACAACAUGGUGGAUGCUGACUGGGGGGGUCACUCUGGAAGCCGACUCGGCCUUGACAUCGGGGGCACAUUGGCCAAGCUGGUCUUUUUCGAGUCUGAGAUAAGACCAUCGUGGUGCAAUGGCAGAUUUGCUCAAGUCAUCAAGAGCUUGGGUGUGCAAACUGUAAAGAGUGAGGACGACCGAGAGUUCAGGGACUUUGUCUUGAGUCGACAAGGUUCAUUUUGGGGUGCACAAGACAAGGAGUUGUCAUUUUACGAUGAGGAGUUGGAGGGUGUUUUCCACUUCCUUUGCUUUCAAACAGACAAGAUGGAGCGAUUCGUCGCUCUCUUGGCUGCACAAGAUUUGCAUCACCAGAUUGAUGAGAUUUAUACAACCGGAGGAGGUGCUUACAAAUAUUCCAGGCUUUUUUCGGAACGUCUUGGGAUCAACCUCAAGCCGGUGGAUGAACUUGGGGUGGUGGUGAAAGGGAUUUCAUGGCUGCUAAGAAGACCGAUCUCAGAUGAAGUCUGCUGGCUCAGCGAUGAACCGCCCAAGUCUCCCAAUUUUGAGUCCGAAUGUCACUUCUUAGACUCCGCGAAUUCUUUGUUCCCAUUCAUUCUAGUGAACAUUGGCUCCGGGGUCAGCAUUGUUAAAGUGGAUGGCACUGACCGCUUCGAGCGAAUCAGUGGAUCUGCUUUAGGUGGAGGGACGUUUUGGGGGCUUUGCAACCUGUUGUGCCCAGACUGCAAGGAGUUUUCAGAAGCCAGCUGUUUGGCUGUCGCUGGAGAUUCAUCCAAGUUGAACCUAUUGGUUGAAGACAUCUACGGUGGGGACUAUGAAUUGACAGGAGGCAGGAAACUUCCUGGUACCUUAGUGGCAUCCUUUUUUGCCAAAGCUGGCAGAAACGGCCAAGCUCAUGAUGACGCAGCAGUGCUCAAUGCCCUCAUCACGAUGAUUUCACAAAACAUUUGCCAGAUUGCCUUUCUCAAUUCCAAAUUGCACUCCAUUUCUCGAAUCGUGUUCACGGGGAACUUUUUGAGACAGAACCAAGUCGCCCGACAAGCCAUUGCAACCAAUAUGCGCCGUGUCAGUGGGGCUGGCCUUGCAGGAAAGCAAUUGCAUGCUCUCUUUUUGGAACACGAAGGAUACUUUGGUGCCUUGGGGUCCUUCUUGCACAACGUUGAAGUUGAAAAUGCCGCUAGUAAGGUCCCCACCUGCCAACGUUUACCCACCUUACUGGGAAGCAUGCAAAGUCCAGCCUUAGCCAAUGCUUUGUGGACUUCGAAGCGAACCAGCUUGCUUCAGCGGACCUGGAAUACCUUCAACCGCUGCCUUGGUUGCCGGGAAAGUGACGAGUCGAAGCAGGGCCUGGAAGAUGGGAGGCGGUCGCUCACGGGCGAAGCCAUUGCCACGGAAGGCCGGGGAACCAUGAAGAGGAAGAAGCUGGAGGAGAAUGCGCAGCUUGAGAAGUGGUUGGGAGAGAACGGUGUGUGGGUGUCAGAAUCUGCUGACUGGGGCCGACCUUCCUCCGGUGUUUCCAUGGCAGUGGAAACACGAGAGCAGACUGAGAAUGAAGUUUCAGGACGUGGGCUGGUUGCGCGCCGCGAUGUAGAGUGCUAUGAAGACCUGGCGCAGGAAACGAUUAUGUCGAAGUUCCCCGACACCUUUCCGGAGGAUGCCUUCGUGUACGAAAACUAUGUUUGGGCGUAUUCUGUCCUCUUCAGUCGAGCAGUUCGUCUUGAUUUCCCGGACGACCUGGACGCGGAAGACAUCGUGGCUUUGGUCCCCUACAUCGAUCUGAUCAACCAUAAUCCCAAUUCCGAAUCACGGAUCCGUGGAGUCUCAGAAGGGGCGAGUAUCCCCGGUGUUUCAGAGCCUGAGCGUUCUGUUGUUGUCAGGGCAGACAGAUAUAUCAACAAGUACGAACAAAUCUAUAUCUCUUACGGCCGGAAAUCAAAUGCCCAACUUCUGAUGCUCUAUGGUUUCAGUAUGGAACGGAAUACGCAGGACUUUGUGACCUUCUCCACCGGGCAGCUGUUAGAAGACAGUCCAUUUGCCGAGGUGAAGAAGCGCAUUUUGGAGGAGCUGGAAGUUCCCAAAGAGGGAGUCUUCCCCCUCUACCGAGAUCGCUUUACUGGCGAGAUGAUGAUGUUCUUGAGGCUAGCGGUGGUGCAACCAGAUGAUUUGGACAUGGAUGAAGAUGCAGACGAGCAGCAGGUCUACAGGGCUCUAAAGCAGCUUGAUAUCAAGCAGGCAACUGGUGAGGUUAGCGAGCGGCGUGCGCUCAUUUGUCUUCGUGGAAUUGUGCAGGACUUGCAGGAUGCAUAUCCGACGACCAUACAGGAGGAUGAGGCCUUGAUCCGUGACCGGCAAAUGUGGACAUCUCAGCACAGAGUGACUGGCUGUAAGAAACACCAGAGCAAUUUGGGCACUUCCCUACUAGCGAUGGUCUCCAACCUAGUAGCGAUGGUCUCCAACCUAGUAGCGAUGGCCUCCAACCUAGUAGGGAUGGCCUCCAACCUACUAGCGAUGAGCUCCAACCUAGUAGCAAUGAGCUCCAACCUAAUAGCGAUGGCCUCCAACCUGCUAGCAAUGAGCUCCAACCUAGUAGCGAUGGCCUCCAACCUAGUAGCGAUGGCCUCCAACCGAGUAGCGAUGGCCUCCAACCUACUAGCGAUGAGCUCCAACCUAGUCCUUAGUAGGGAUGGCCUCCAACCUACUAGGGAUGGCCUCCAACCUCGUAGCGAUGGCCUCCAACCUACUAGCGAUGAGCUCCAACCUAGUAGCGAUGGCCUCCGACCUACUAGGGAUGGCCUCCAACAUAGUAGCGAUGGCCUCCAACCUACUACUCCAACCUAG